GCCUCCGCGGCCGCCUCGCGCCGCGCUCGCUUCUCGGCCCGGGAUUCCGUGCCGCCCCGAGUCGUGGGGCCCGCCGCGUCCUCCUUCCUCUGCCCCCUCUGGCCCAUGGGUCUCCAUGGCGACGGCGGGGGCCCGGCCCGGAGGCAGGCAGCCCGAGUCGGGCCGCGGCGCUCCGGGGGCCUUCGCGGCGGCGUCGCCGUGUUCGCCGCUGUGGCCGCGGUGUUCACCCUCACGCUGCCCCCCUCGGUGCCGGGGGGCGACUCGGGGGAACUGAUCACAGCCGCACAUGAGCUUGGAGUUGCCCAUCCUCCUGGCUAUCCUUUGUUCACUCUGGUGGCUAAACUGGCAAUUAUACUGUUUCCUUUUGGUUCAGUUGCCUACCGAGUCAAUCUUCUGUGUGGCUUAUUUGGAGCAGUAGCUGCAUCACUCCUUUUUUUCACCGUUUUCAGGCUUUCUGGCUCAUGUGCUGGAGGAAUCCUUGCUGCGGGGGUGUUUUCAUUUUCUCGUCUAACAUGGCAGUGGUCCAUUGCAGCAGAGGUUUUUAGCUUAAACAAUCUGUUUGUGGGUCUGCUUAUGGCUCUUACUGUACAUUUUGAGGAGGCAGCAACUGCACAAGAAAGAUCAAAGGUAUCUAAAAUUGGUGCUUUCUGCUGUGGCCUUAGCUUAUGUAAUCAGCACACAAUAGUGCUCUAUGUUUUGUGCAUAGUACCAUGGAUUCUCUUUCAACUUUUAAAAGAAAAGGAACUCUCCCUGGGCGCCCUGUGGAAGCUGGGUCUGUACUUCUCCGCUGGUCUGCUGCCCUACACCUACCUCCCUGUCUCAUCCUACCUCAACCAAGCCCGCUGGACCUGGGGAGACCAGACAACGCUGCUAGGAUUUUUGACGCAUUUUCUCAGGGAAGAAUAUGGAACGUUCAGUCUGGCUAAAUCUGAAGUAGGAUCCAGUAUGUCUGAAAUACUGCUUUCUCAAAUGACAAAUAUGAGGACCGAACUCUCCUUCAACAUUCAAGCCCUUGCAGUUUGGGCAAAUAUAUGUUUAGCAAGAAAGGACAGACAGAAUCCAUCCUUAGUAUGGCUUUUUACUGGAAUGUUUUGCAUUUAUUCAUUGUUCUUUGCUUGGAGGGCAAAUUUAGAUAUUUCAAAACCACUUUUCAUGGGUGUGGUGGAACGAUUCUGGAUGCAGAGCAAUGCGGUCGUGGCUGUCCUUGCCGGUGUUGGUUUGCCUGCACUUGUUUCUGAGAGUAACCGGGUGCUGAACACCAGCGGGCUUCAGUGUCUGGAAUGGCUUUCAGCCACUCUUUUUGUGAUUUACCAAAUAUAUUCUAAUUACAGGAUUUGUGACCAGAGUACCAACUAUGUGAUCGAUAAGUUUGCAAAGAACCUUCUAGCCUCUGUGCCGCAUGAUGCAAUUAUCUUACUCAGAGGAGAUUUGCCAGGGAAUUCUCUCCGUUACAUGCAUUAUUGCGAGGGACUGAGGCCAGAUAUUUCAUUAGUGGAUCAGGAAAUGAUGACUUAUGAGUGGUAUUUACCCAAGGUGGCAAAGCAUUUACCAGGUGUCAAGUUUCCUGGGAACCAGUGGAAUCCUGUGGAAGGAAUAUUACCUAGUGGAAUGGUCACGUUUAAUCUUUAUCGUUUUCUUGAAAUAAACAAGCAAAAAGAAACAUUUGUUUGCAUAGGAAUUCAUGAAGGUGACCCAACCUGGAAAAAGAACUAUUCGCUUUGGCCAUGGGGUUCUUGUGACAAAUUAGUUUCUUCGGAGAUUGUAUUCAACCCUGAAGAAUGGAUUAAACUCACGAGGAAUAUGUAUAACUGGACUGAAGAGUAUGGAAGGUUUGAUCCAUCUUCUUGGGAAUCUGUGGCCAAUGAAGAGAUGUGGCAAGCAAGGAUGAAAACACCGUUCUUCAUCUUUAACCUGGCGGAGACUGCGAGUUUGCCUUCCAGUGUCAAAGCCCAACUCUACACUCAUGCGUAUAGUCUUUAUAAGGAGAUUGUCUAUUUACAAAAGGAACACCCAGUGAACUGGCACAAGAACUACGCCAUCGCCUGUGAGCGUAUGCUGCGCCUUCGGGAAGGAGGUGCAGACCCUGAGGUCUUGUUAUCUGAAACCAUCAGACAUUUCCGUCUCUACACUCAGAAGGCACGGAAUGACCCACAGCUAGCCGAUGUUUCAGUUGCUCUAAAGCACCUAAGAAAAGAACUGCAAAGCCUGAGAAAUAGGAGAAAUGUCUGAGACAGCAAACUGAGAAAAACCUUCUCGGCAUUCGGCUUCCAAAAUUCCAAAGUCCAAAAGUUUUCCUCCAAGAAAAGAAACAGCAUAAAAAAGGAAGACUAAGUCACCUCCCAGACAGAAGUGACACGGUGCCGCAGUGCUGUUUCAUGGGGCUUUAGCGACUGAGAUGUGCUAUUUAUGCAAAGUCUAUUUAUCCCAUGUUACUGAAUUAGCAUUUCAGCGAGAAUAUUUUGAAAAAUCUUCCUACUUCCACAGUAUUUCGUCAAAUGAC